AUGCGGUCAUUUUAUGAAAAAUAUACUAUCACUGAAAUCACAAGUGCUGAAUUAGAUUCAUAUUUUAAUAAUAAAUAUGACGACGUGUAUGAUGAAAUUGAAUAUGUCAGACCAGAACCAGUAGAUGAAAAUUCAAAGAGAAGACCAGAUGUUUUACCAAGGGUUUUAAUGAAGAAAAAAGUUGCAAAUAAAGUUAUAGUAGAAGAGUUUUCAGAUGAUGAACCACAGAAAGUACCAAAUUUCCAACCAUUCUGUGAAAAUCCUGAAGAAGUUCGARAACGACAAGCUAGAAAAUAUGCUGCAAAACAGUCUAAAAAAUCCAAUAGAAAUAAACAUCAAGUAGCUUCUUCGUCAGCUACAUCAUCUGGGUCAAAUAUUGAGUUAGUCAGACAAAGAAAAAAUGAGAACAAAGCAUUCUGCGGUAAUCAUAACAGGAGAAAUGCUGCAAGAAACAAACAACAAAAAGGAAUGUUUUAA